UGAAAAAAAUCUAGAUCUGUACAGUAAGUAGAUAACAAGUUCAAGUGUGUAACUGUGUAUAUUAACUGGAAGUCUACGUUGUUGUCUCCCGAGACUUUGGUUCACUGUCUCAUUCUCACACUCUCAUUGGCCUUCUCUAUAUAAAGCUCACAGGUCGAGAGAGACAAGGAGACACUACAAACGAUCAGACAGUUUGAGUAGAAAGAGAUCUGUCGGAAAAUGGAGAAUAUCGACCAAGAAUUCAACAAUUACUGGGAACACAACUCCUUCCUCCAAAACGAAGACUUCGAAUACGACAGCUGGCCUUUGGAGGAGGCUAUAUCUGGGUCGUAUGAUUCGAGCUCGCCUGAUGGGGCGGCUUCGUCGCCGGCUUCUAAGAAUAUUGUAUCGGAGAGAAACAGAAGACAGAAACUUAACCAGAGACUCUUCGCUCUUCGAUCAGUUGUUCCUAAUAUCACUAAGAUGGAUAAAGCAUCAAUAAUCAAAGAUGCUAUUAGUUACAUACAAGGGUUACAAUAUGAAGAAUCGAAGCUCGAAGCUGAGAUCAGAGAACUUGAAUCUACACCGAAGAGUUGCUUGAGUUUCAGUAAAGAUUUUGAUCCUGAUUUACUGGUUCCUGUCACGUCCAAGAAAAUGAAACAGCUUGAUUCUGGUUCUUCCCGUUCUCUCAUCGAAGUUAUCGAAUUGAAGGUAACAUCCAUGGGAGAGAGGAUAAUGGUGGUGAAUGUAACAUGUAAUAAGAGGACAGACACAAUGGUGAAACUGUGUGAAGUCUUUGAGUCAUUGAAUCUCAAAAUCCUUACUUCCAAUCUCAACUAUUUCUCUGGCAUGAUCUUCAACACUCUUUUUAUUGAGGCGGAUGAAGAAGAACAAGAGGUGGUGAGGCUAAAAAUAGAAACAGGAAUAGGAGCAUAUAAUGAAACUCAAAGCCCCACUUGGAGCAUCGACUCUCUUUACUAAUCACUUUUUUGGUUUUUGAUUUGUGUUUUUUUUCUUUACAAAUUAAUAAUAUGUCUCAGUUUUCGUUUUGUUUGUCCAUCAUGAAGACUUAUUUUGCCGUUUAUAUAAUGUUUCUAAUUAUCGUACUCCUUGAUUUGGGGGGUGGUGGUGAAUGGUAUAGUUUGUCUUUGUAUAAAUUGAAAGAAAGGAGAUUUGCGUCUUA